CUGAGUCGAGCCCACAAUUACAAAGACAGCUAUACAUAAAGCUAUCUUGCAGUCUUUGUUAAACUAAAAAUCAAUCCCUCCUACUCUUUCUCAUCAGACCACAAUCAAGAAAAGCUUUCUUUUUUCUCUUUCAAGUCUCUCGAAUCCGAUUUCAGUAUCAAGAAAUUGUUUUUCUCUUGUUCUCAUACGUCUCUCGAAUCCGAUUACAAUGUCGAAGCCAAAUCAAGAACCUCCAUCGAUUUUGAUCAGAGAAGUAUGGGCGUCCAAUUUAGCAUACGAGUUUUAUCUGAUUCGUGAAGCUAUUGGUAGGUAUCCUGUCGUAUCAAUGGAUACUGAAUUUCCCGGAGUUAUUCAUUUCUCUACCGUUGACGCCACUAUCCCUUUUCACCGCCGCCAACCUCAACCGGCUGAUUGCUAUAAAUACUUGAAAGCCAACGUUGAUAAUUUGAAACUCAUUCAAGUCGGUCUCACUCUAACUGACGCUAAAGGUAACUUCCCUCAGUUUGGAAGUAACAAAGCUUAUGUAUGGCAGUUCAAUUUCUGCGAUUUUGAUAUAGAGCGUGAUCUUUGUAAUCCUGCUUCUAUUGAGCUGCUCCGCCGUCAAGGGAUUGAUUUCAAUCGCAAUCGUUCUCAUGGGAUAGAUUCUGCUCGUUUCGGUGAAAUGUUGAUUACGUCUGGUCUCGUGUUCAACAAAUCCGUUGUUUGGGUUACCUUCCACAGUGCCUAUGACUUUGGAUAUUUGGUGAAAACGUUGACUCGACAAAAUUUACCUGACAAAUUGGAAGAUUUUCUGCACCUUUUAAGGAAUUUUUUCGGAGACAAUGUUUAUGAUAUUAAACAUAUAAUUCGGUUCUGCAAUGCUUUGUACGGUGGACUUGAGCGAGUAGCUACUACAUUGAACGUGGGUCGGGCAGUCGGAAAUUCUCAUCAAGCUGGAUCAGAUAGUUUGUUGACAUGGCAUUCAUUUCAAAGAAUGAUUGAUCUCGUUAACAAUGAAGUCCAAAAACACGCCGGUGUUCUAUUUGGAUUAGAGAUUAAAGUUUAGAGAAACAGAGAAAUAUAAAUUGUAAAGUGUUUUAUUUCUAUUAGAGAUUACUCUUUAGAGAAACUCAUAAAUAUAAUUUGUAAAACUAUACAUUAUAUGAAAAUACAAUUAUUUUGAUUCUUUAAUUUUGUUGA